AAUUUGCACCACCAGCCGCUUGAUUGAGGGGGGGGGCGGCGCAACCGGAUAAGACUACACUGUCAAGAAGCGCGCUAUGUUGUCAUCUGGACCAGCAUACUACGCGCUGUUGUCGCAUACUGCAUUGCGCCGCUCAUUUGGGUUCAUCUCGAUUGGACGGAGGCAAUCCGCCGGGAGCGGGACCUCGAUCGAUUCAUGUUGUGUGACAGCAACAGCAAUGCUGUUCGUCUGGAUAUUCUUCGGGGGCGAUCACAAAGCGAAGCCAUUCUCGCCUUUCCGGGCGAGAAAGACAGGCGUGUUGACAUGUUUUCAAGACGGACACCGAGCUUGGCUCGUCGGCAAACAUUUGGAUCCAGUUAUUUCCUCAGCUGGUACACGAAUACGAAUUCGACAAAUCCAUUCCAAAUAGGUUGGCAGUGAGGAUCCUGCAGUGGUGCACAUUAGGAUUCUUCUACAUGUACAUGUAGCUGUCUGCUCUGGGCGUGACCUGAGCGCAGCAGCUGGAUCUGCCUUCGACGUACUGUGCCAUGUAUGGCGUAUCUACGAAUUGAAGGGACAUCACUGCGGUCAGCACGGAGAGGAACAGCUUCGUCUUCCUGUGUUGUCCGAGCAAAUAUCGAUCGCAAGGGAAAACCGCUCCGAAUUGCGAAGGAUCAUCAUCAACAGUUCGAUUGCCCUGAGCAACAUACACAUUCCUUAUGUUGCUCCAACGCUUUUGGCACCGCAAAGCAAAAGCAUUGUUACAAGUUUCCACCUCGAACUGUCAUUGCCACACCAGUUCAUGCCGUCGGACUCCGCGCGCUACGCCAAGGCGCCUCACCUCUGGGCGCUGGGCGUGGGUGCCGUCGUCAGCGGCGACUUCUUCGGCUGGCAGUCGGGCCUCGUGGCGGGUUUUGACGGACUGCUCAUCAUCCUGGCCCUCGUCACGGUGCUCUACGUUCUACUAGCCUUCUCCAUCGCCGAGUUGUCCACCACGGUACCGUCAGGAGGUGGCCCUUACAUCUUCGCAUUGCACGCCAUCGGUCCACGCGCCGCCUUCUUCGCCGGUCUGGCCGAGAGCCUCAAGGUCGUCAUCACUUGCGCUGUAGUCGUCACGGGUAUCAGCUCGUACAUGAAUCAGCUACUGAGUCUGAGCUCGGACUACGGUCCGAUCUGGUGGUUCGUUUUCUACGUAAGCUUCGUGUCGCUCAACAUCGUCGGUAUCGAGAUGACGUUCCGUGUCCAGGCCUUCACGACGGUCGUGUCGGUAUUAAUUCUACUAGUAUUCUACAUCGGUGCUGCGACCAAAGUGUCGUACACUGAGUGGGUCUCAAACGUCGACUGGCAGUACCCUGGAGGCUGGGAUGGCGCUGUUAAAGGCUAUUCAUUCGCUCUCUGGUUCUACUUGGGUAUCGAGGAACUUCCUCUUGCUGUUGAAGUAACUGUCAACCCGGAACGCAACAUGCCGAUCGGAUUAGUGACAUCUAUCUCCACGCUCGUGUGCCUGGCAUUCUGUACCGUAAUUUUCAACUCGAUGAUCUCCCCUGGUGCCGAGGAGAUGUACAACAGUUCGUCUCCGCUUCUCACUGGCUACCAGAGUGUAUUUGGUGAUAACAGCACUACAUCGGGCUUCUCGUGGAUGCUCAUUCUUGGUCUGAUAGCGAGUUUCCACUCGUUCGUGUUCUGUAUGGGCCAACUGCUGUACGCUAUUGCUCGAGACGGAUACUUGCCGCACGUGUUGACUACGCUCCAUCCUACGCGAGGCACGAUGUAUGCGUCACUGAUUGCUGGUAGCUCUAUUGGAUUUAUGGUGGUUCUUGUGCUGCAUUUUAUCAUCGGUGACACACGUCUCGGAUCCGUUUUGAUCAACCUGGCGCUAAUCGGUGCCGUCACUUCCUACUGCUUCCAGCUGACGUCGUUCAUCCGUCUGCGCAUUAACGAACCGGAUCGAGUUCGACCGUAUCGCAGUCCCUUUGGUGUCACUGGCGCUGUCGUAUCGUUGGCGUUGUGCGUGGCAGGUAUGGUAUCAAUUAUCUACAGCGGGACGUCUAGCAAUGAGUUUCUAGCGUCGAUUAUUGUUGCAAUUCUGUACUUUGGUGUCGGUGCAGUGUAUUUCCUCAUGCGCGUUCAGCCACGUCUUGCUGCCUCCACGCCGAAGAUGCGGGAAAACUUGCUGAGUAGUGCUUCCUCCAAGGUUUGAGGAUCAAUAUCCAUGCGGAGACUAACCUCAGCUGCCAUUAGCUACUGUAGUUUAAGUGAAGAAAUGGGUAAACUACGUGAAAGGCGAGGACUGUUAUCAUGCGACUACGCACUAAUUGCCAUGACGAUGCUGCGAGUUUUAGAAUGCUGGAGAUGGAGUUGGUUUGAUACAAGUACCUUGUUAUGUAAAGAUCUUAGUACGUGUACGGUGCUGUGCCGAAUUGCAACGCAGUGCUCUAGACCACGACAUCUUCAAAAGACGAUGAAGUUGUAUAUCUGGUCUUAGUUCAGAAGGUGAGAAUCACCUCCAAGCGUGCAGUUUACCCUCUCUCGAUUCAAGAUUAUUGAAUUUUGGUGGUCGUAACAACUUCAACUUAAUUUUUCAGCUCGACUACCAAAAAAGAUACAGAAAUCAAAACAAAAAAACUUCUGCUUACACCUUGGUGGACACACACGAGCUCAUGAGAUUCUCACGGAACUCCUUGGCCGAGAGCGGGCCAUAGCCAACCUCCAGCCGCGGCUUCACUCGAUAUACGAAAUAGACUGCGCCAAUAGCGAAAUAGCCGAUGGCAACGAGCACCGAGGCCAGGAAAACGUAACUGGACGUACCGCUGUAAAUGAUGGACACGAGCGAGAAGAUGCACAGGAUGAUACACAGCACGGCACCGGGAACACCAAACGGACUUUUGUAUGGACGUGGGCGCUCUGGUUCUCGAAUACGCAGCAUGAUAAAGGCUGUGAGUUGGAAAAUGUAGGAGACGAUAGCGCCGAUAAGAGCCAAAUUGAUCAAUACAGACCCAAGACGUGUGUCACCGAUGGCAAAGUGCAACACAAUGACCAGAACAAGCGCAAUAAGACUUCCCACAAUCAACGACACAUAGGUAGUUCCACGCGAUGGAUGCAGCUUAGUCAAUAUGUGCGGUAGAUAACCAUCGCAGGCGAUAGCAUAGAGGAG